UCGGAACAUCCUAAAUAUCACAAACAAUUCACCCUAAAUCAAAACCAGGAAACACAAACACUCCUACAUAUCAAUCAUGAUGAACAACAACAACAAGAAGAACAAUCUGAAGAUGAGUUCGGCUCAAGAAAGUGGUAAUGGUACUACUAACAUCGUUAUUACAGAGACGAGGAAUAAUAAGAAGGUAGAGAGGAAGGCAUCCAUGGACGUGGACAAGUGCGCGGAAGCUUUCAUCACAAACUUCAGAAAGCAGCUUCUUCUCCAGCGUCUCGAAUCCAUCGAAAACAUGCUCUCCCGUGGCCUAUAAUACUAUUUAUCAAUACACACUUCUAUGUAUAUUUUACUACUUAUGUAUUAUUUCUUUCUUUUAUAUAUAUGCGCUAGCUGACUC